UGCCAUUUACCCACGUUCUGACGUUCUCUGCUUGUAAGUCUGACAUUAUCUUAUUGUUGGGUGCCGUCAACAUGAUUUCGUGAUUUCGAUGUGCCUGUAGAUGUGAUAAUGGUGAUGAGAGUAUGCUGUUGGGACGACUUUGACAACCAAGUACUGAAGACGUAUCAUUUCGGUGUGACGGCUGCGUAAUGAGGAGCGCUACACAUGCGCAUUGGAGACAGACGUUGAUUGUGUCUCACCGUUCACCAAGCAGAAUCACCCACAAGCCUACACCACACGCUGCAAGCAUAUCGAAGACUACGAACGCCACUCAGCAGCAAGAAAGACCAGAGCCGUCCAUCACCAAGCGCCACCAAGGCUCCGCAGAUAUGGGCGACCCUCUCACCGGAGCAAUCAUCGACGCAGCCGCCGAGGAGCUGGCCGCGCACAGCCAGGCGGCUUCUGAUCGCCUUGAGGCCGCUGCUGCUCAGUUAGCGAUACAGGGCCGUAUAUCCGCCGAUGCACUGAGUGCGGUUACAUCGCAAGCCGAUCAAGCUCAGCAGCGCCUGUGUAUAGAGAGCGCUGCAGCUACCAAAGAGAUAAGUGCCGCUCGUCAACAGUUGCAGGCGGCGAGAGCUGCUUUGGCUGCUGAGCGAGCGGCAACUGCGAAGCAACUUGAGGCGGCGGCGCAAAGGGUUGAGCUUGCCGCCGAGCGAGCGGAGGCUGCUGCGAGGUUAGCUCAAGGGCCAGUAAACACACCGGAGGAGGUGCGACGCCAUGACAAAAGCGCUGGCCCAGCCAUUCAGGAGCCUACUCCUCCGACGGAACGGUACGUAGGGUCUCUGGAUGAGAAACGGUACACGCACGGUGCCGCCUCCCCUCGGCCAAAUCAUGCUCUCUACGUCAGUGCAGCCGGUACAUUGCUGGCCGGAGCCGGGCUGCCGACCUUCACCUUACCUGUUCACUCAGACGUGUCCGAUUCGGAAAACGGCAGAGCAACUGCAGAGCUCGCACGUAGGUCGACGGUGUCGAAUCGAUCGAAUAUCACCAUCUGCGACCGCAGCGACUUGGAUGUCGUCAACUGCUCGAACGCAGAUAUUGUUCGGUGCUCGAAUGUGGACAUCUCAAACUGUUCCAAUCUCGAAAUAAAGCAUUCUUUACACGCUGUUUUCACGAACUGCUCGAACGUGGAUCUUUACGACUGUACGCGCGUAAAGUUUACCGAUUGUUCCAACGUGGACUUAUACAACUGCCAUGAUAUCGAGACAAGCGACUGCUCGAACGUGGACAGCCAUGGAGGCUCGAACGUAGGGGCCUCUUCCACCGCAGCGGACAGUAAUGUAUUUAUAUCCCCAGUGGCUCCUUGGGGUUCCAAUAUAUCUGUUGCGCGCAACGUCGCGGCCAGUAAGAGCGCGACGGCUACCCAGAUGACCAUUGGCGGACAAAAUGGCGUAUAUGUUGGUCCUAAUGGUGUGUCGAUAGGCGGGCCCAGUGGAGUCCGAGUGAGCCCCAGUGGCAUCACGGUAGGCGGACAGAAUGGCGUCGUGCUGGGCUUGAGUGGUAUACACAUUGGUGGUUCAUCGGGUAUCAAUAUCGGCCCCAGAGGGAUUUCGAUUGGUGGGGCGAAUGGCCUCCGCAUUGGACGAAGCGGUAUCAUCGUCGGACAAAGGCGUGAGACUCAUACUGAGGGGGAAGUGCAGCAACACGAGCCUGUUGGAAAGAGCCUGCGGCACGAUCACACUAUUGGUGAGAUGGUGGAGCAUAAUGAAGGGUUCGAUAGAAAGGUGCAGCACCAUGAUGAUGCUGAUAAGCAGAUGCACCAGGGCGAGCCCGGGUUGCCUCCUCCGUAUGUAUAGGGAGAAUAUAAGCAUUACGGUGGUAGUAAGAAUAUGUGUUAGCUUGUGGG